CUUCGACAUGACGGCGUCAGAGAGCACACUAGUUUGCAACAAUCAUCAUGGUCGUGGGGCAGGGCCUACGGUUUGCGCUCGCACGGGUGGUGUCACGGCCUAAAGGCGAAGACAAGCAGCGCGCCAAGACCAAUGGACCCACUGUAGCCUUCACAUGUCUCCAAUCGUACGCAUCGAUAUCGACGAUGUUCCUUGAGACAGCGCAACGAGUCGUGUUAAAGUCGAGGCACCAUUACCGACCAACCCGCCUAACCACUAGCUACGGCGGCGGCAACGGCUCACACUCCACCUGUGACAUUCCGACGAGCAUUCAGCCAUGUCCUCUUCUUCGAGCCGACAUCCUUGAAGAACUGGACUGGUCCAUGGGGAUUGAUGUGGACACAUCGUCCAAGUCGCGGUCGUCCAUUGGCCACGCCGCGGAACUGUUCCUGGACCUGUGGGAGUACCUUCUACUAACAUGCGAGAACAUGGUGCAGGCGUCAACGUUACUACAUGCGUCGUCGUCCGCGGUGGACUUUGGCGAGAAAAUGAAAUGGGAAAAGUCCGAGCUCGUGAUUGUCAAGAUCAUGGAGCGGCGCGAGUUCCACAAAGUGUACGAAGCAUUUCGCGUAGCCGCGGACGCCGCCGCCACAACAACGGAUAACCAAACGAGCUCCAUGUCGUCCUCCACUUCCCGGACAAAAGCUUCCCAGUCGAAAGCGUACCUGGCACAACGCACACACUCGGCCAAGUCGCCAGCCGCCGCCGCCGCCUUCGUAGACGACCCCGUCGGUCUUGCAUUCUCAUCCGACCCGAACCAACUGCUCACCACGUACAUCGACCUCCUCCACCGUACCCUUCGGUAUGCGUCGCAUACGGACAUCCGGUCUAUCAUGGCGUCGACGAUCUACAAUUCCGUCGUGUCCAUUGCAUUCUGCCGGUUUCCUCCCGCACAAGCGCUCCUUCUCGACACAUUCGACGCCAAAGGGUUCAAUGGCUCGACCACUGGGCCUAGGAAGGUGCCGCGACACCAUCGCCGCCCAAGCAUGGCCAAGCGCACGUUCUUCGAAGACGACAACCCAGCCCUCUUUGGGUGGCACUUGACAGACAUCCCCCACCUGCAGCCAGCCCUUGCCGCCAUCGACGACUGCAUACACGCCACACUCACGCAGCUGUUGGACGCCCCAAACAACAUCCCUCCCAGUGCCGCCACUCACUCGACAGGCCAAACAACUAGUGGCAAUCCCGACGACGCCAACAUCGGCAGUAACAACAACGACGACGACGAUGGUCGCCCCCCGCUAGACGAAAACGACGAGGACGAGGAGGACAGACCCCCCCAUCCGUCGCCAACCAACUCGCCCGUCCAUGCCCAAAGCACCCUGUGCGUGAGCAUGUUUUUGGCGCUGUGGAUUGCCAUGACCCACCACAUCCUCCGCACCAGCCGCGGCCACAUCCCGUGGCAGGACCUGCCGGCGUACCGCCACCUCCACGACCGCGGCAUCCGACUGUUUGAAAAGGCGUACACACUGCAGACCCUCGAGUGCGACGACGACUCGAACCUUGUGCGCUUGGACAUGAUGCUCCAACGACGAAUCAAAGUGGACAUGGACUUCCCCAUCGACAUAUUGUACCCCCAGGUCGUGUUUGCCACCACCACGAAAAUCAUCGGACUCACGCAGUCGCCCAUCGACUUUAUCGCAAUCCUCUUCAAACACACGUCCAGUUCGUACGUCCGCGCUGUCCCUGCGUGCGUCGGCCAUUUGGAGCAUUGGCUCACUGUGUGGCAAUUUGGGUCACUCGACACAUGUGCAACCUGGGUCACUUGACCAAUGUACCAUCUGAGUUAAGUAAAUCUGGGUCACUGGACGACUGAGCAACCUGGGUCACUUGACCGAUAUGACACUUGACGAAUGUGCAAUCUGGGUCACCGACUUAUCGUGUUUGAUUGCUGCGUCUACUGUAGUACCCAUGGAAGUGUUCCAAGAAGCGAGUUUGCACAAGCUGCUGGUAAAACAUGUGCGAAAACUGCUCAUGUCCGACCGCGUCGACCGCCUCAAGUCGAUUCUGGUACGUUCGUCCCAACCAAACCUGACCGUGUCUCACAUACACCUACCCACCCUCGUCACAGAUAUUUUUACUGCACAGCGUGGGGCUAUUUGACAUGGCGCUGCAAGCGUCAAUCCUGCUGGCCUUGCAUGACGCGUUCGACCACCUCUUUCGCCACUGGUUCCGCGACGUCCGGUUCUGCUACCACCUCGUGCUCCUGUACUUAUUUGGAGAUCGCCGCCAGCUCGGGUCUCGGUCAGACGCGAUCCUGCUCGGCCUCGACACGGACAUCGUGGUCCUCCAACGCCAUCCGCUGUGGCUGCAGUUUGACGAGCGGCUGCUGGACGCGCUCGAGGGAUGCCGAAGCGCCACGCGCACGACACCGUACGACCGCACGUCGUUCAACGAGUACAUUGGCCAACUGGAGCACUACUACCAGAGUGCAGAGUCGCUGCCCGAUGGCGAAGCCGUGCCGAUACCCCGGAUCAAAGUGCAGGCGCCCAACUCCCGUGGGGGUUAAGUAACGUUAUAUGUAAUAGAAUGUACCAUUGAAUCAACGUGUUGAGGCUGGCAUGGGGCUGGGAGUAUGGGGCUUCUCGUUGUCGAGCACAUGAGGACCUCAUGAGUUAGCACAACUGCACAAUCUCAUGAAGUUGUACACUAGUGCUAACUUGGAGUUGGUCUCGGCGUUAGUUUGUGCCAAC